UGUCAGUAAUGAUAUUUGAGACUUUUACAAAUCAAGAUCCGCCUGUGAUCAAGUGUGUUUUAAUCAGUCAUAAGAGCAAUGGUUCAUCAGCGGGAGAGUCAUCAUCGUAUCUCACGGUGCCAGAGUCUCCAGAAGACCUUGGGUGUACCCUGAGACCUGAGAGUGCAGGGAUGGUGUAUGAAGCUGCCACUGUGGAAGUAGAUGAGUCUGAGUCCAUCACACUGCAAGUGCUGGUUACCACCCCAGGGAACAUUUCCUGCUUCUGGGUUUUUAACCACAGCUCCCUGGACUGCCAGCCACACUUCGAUUUACAAAACAGAGGAGUCAUUUCCACGGUCAUUUUGAAAAUGACAGAGACCCAAGCUGGAGAAUACUUACUUCUUAUUCAGAGUGAAGCUGCCAAUUACACAAUAUUGUUUACAGUGAGUAUACGAAAUCCCCAGCUAUACACACUGAGGAGACCUUACUUCAGGAAAAUGGAGAACCAGGAUGCACUAGUCUGCAUAUCUGAAAGUGUUCCGGAGCCCGUUGUGGAGUGGGUGCUCUGCAGUUCACAUGGGGAAAGUUGUAAAGAAGAAAGUCCAGCUGUUGUUAAAAAGGAGGAAAAGGUACUUCAUGAGUUAUUUGGAACAGACAUCAGGUGCUGUGCAAGAAAUGAGCUGGGCAGAGAAUGUACCAAGCUGUUCACAAUAGAUCUAAAUCAGACUCCUCAGACCACACUACCUCAAUUAUUCCUGAAAGUGGGGGAACCUCUGUGGAUAAGAUGCAAAGCUGUUCAUGUGAACCAUAGAUUUGGGCUCACCUGGGAAUUAGAAAACAAAGCCCUGGAGAAGGGCAGCUACUUUGAGAUGAGCACCUAUUCAACAAACAGAUCUAUGAUACGGAUUCUGCUGGCUUUUGUGUCGUCAGUGGGAAGAAACAACACUGGCUAUUAUACUUGUUCCUCUUCAAAGCAUCCCAGCCAGUCAGCUUUGGUUACCAUCCUAGAAAAGGGAUUUAUAAAUGCUACCAGUACACGGGAAGAGUAUGAAAUUGACCAGUAUGAAAAGUUCUGCUUUUCUGUCAGGUUUAAAGCAUACCCACAAAUCCGAUGCAGAUGGACUUUCUCUCGGAAAUCAUUUCCCUGUGAGCAAAGUGGUCUUGAAGAUGGAUACAGCAUAUCUAAGUUUUGCCAUCAUCAGCACCAACCAGGAGAAUAUAUAUUCCAUGCUGAAAAUGAUGAUGCUCAGUUCACCAAAAUGUUCACACUGAAUAUCAGAAGGAAACCUCAAGUGCAAGCUGAGACCUCAGCCAGCCAGGCGUCCUGUUCCUCUGAUGGAUAUCCGUUACCCUCUUGGACCUGGAAGAAGUGUUCAGACAAGUCUCCCAACUGCACUGAAGAAAUCACAGAAGGAGUUUGGAAUAAAAAGACUAAUAAUAACAGAGAAGUGUUUGGACAGUGGGUGUCCAGCAGUACUCUAAACAUGAGUGAGGCUAUGAAAGGGUUUCUGGUCAAAUGCUGUGCGUACAAUUCCCUGGGCACGUCUUGUAAAACCAUCCUGUUAAACUCACCAGGCCCCUUCCCUUUCAUCCAAGACAACAUCUCCUUCUAUGCAACCAUUGGGCUUUGUCUUCCUUUCAUUGUGGUCCUAACCAUGCUGAUCUGUCACAAGUACAAGAAGCAAUUUAGGUAUGAGAGCCAGCUGCAGAUGGUUCAGGUAACAGGCUCGCUGGAUAAUGAGUACUUCUACGUAGACUUCAGGGAAUAUGAAUACGAUCUCAAGUGGGAGUUUCCACGAGAAAACUUAGAGUUUGGGAAGGUCCUAGGAUCAGGAGCUUUUGGAAAAGUGAUGAAUGCGACAGCGUAUGGAAUUAGUAACACAGGCGUGUCAAUCCAGGUGGCGGUAAAAAUGUUGAAAGAAAAAGCUGACAGUUCUGAAAGAGAGGCACUCAUGUCAGAGCUCAAAAUGAUGACUCACCUGGGGCACCACGAGAACAUUGUGAACCUGCUGGGAGCGUGCACACUGUCAGGACCGGUUUACUUGAUUUUUGAGUACUGUUGCUAUGGUGACCUUCUCAAUUACCUAAGAAGUAAAAGAGAAAAAUUUCACAGGACGUGGACAGAGAUUUUCAAGGAGCAUAAUUUCAGCUUUUAUCCCACUUUCCAAUCACAUCCAAAUCCCAGUAUGCCUGGUUCAAGAGAAGCUCAAAUACACCAGGACUUGGAUCAGAUCUCAAGGUUCAAUGGGAACUCAAUUCAUUCUGAAGAUGAGAUUGAGUAUGAAAACCAAAAAAGGUUAGAAGAAGAAGAAGAUUUGAAUGUGCUUACAUUUGAAGAUCUUCUUUGCUUUGCGUAUCAAGUUGCCAAAGGAAUGGAAUUUCUGGAAUUUAAGUCGUGUGUUCACAGAGACCUGGCAGCCAGGAAUGUGCUGGUCACCCAUGGGAAGGUGGUGAAGAUCUGUGACUUUGGACUAGCCCGAGAUAUCCUGAGUGACUCCAGCUACGUUGUCAGAGGCAAUGCGCGGCUGCCUGUGAAAUGGAUGGCGCCGGAGAGCUUGUUUGAGGGGAUCUACACAAUUAAGAGUGAUGUCUGGUCGUAUGGAGUACUGCUCUGGGAGAUAUUCUCACUUGGUGUGAAUCCUUACCCUGGCAUUCCUGUCGAUGCGAACUUCUACAAACUGAUUCAGAGCGGCUUUAAAAUGGAUCAGCCCUUCUAUGCUACAGAAGAAAUAUACUUUAUAAUGCAAUCCUGCUGGGCUUUUGACUCAAGGAAGCGGCCAUCCUUCCCUAACCUGACUUCAUUUUUAGGAUGUCAGCUGGAAGAUGCAGAAGAAGCGAUGUAUCAGAACAUGAGUGGCCACAUUUCAGAGCGUCCUUCUAUCUACCAAAACAGGCGACCUGUCAGCCGAGAGGCGGGUUCAGAUCCAUCUUCACCACAGGCCCAGGUGAAGAUUCAUAGAGAAAUGAGUUAGUCACGAGGCCUUUGUCUCCCGCUCACCGAGACAGGCUGUAGAUUGCCAAAACAAGAUUAGCCUCAUCACUCAAAGGAAAUACAUUAUCAGCUGCUGCUUCGCGGGACUUUCUUCUAGAAGCUGUCUGCCAUUACUCUUGUUUUCAAAGGGACUUUUGUAAAAUAGAACCAUCCUGUGCACAGGCAGGAGGAGCCAAUAAUGAGUUUGUUGGUGAGCCUCAGAGCCUUUCCCUGGCUGCCUUGAGGGAGAGCCAUGUCCUGAAGUAUAGUAUAUUCUUGUAUAUACAUAAAACAAAAAUGUUUUGCUAAGAAGCUAAUAUGAUUUUUUUAAAUCUAUGUUUUAAAAUAAUAUGUAACUUUUUCAGCUGUUUAGUGAUAUAUUUUAUGGAUGGAAAUAAACUUUCUAUUAUAGAAGUGUUGGCUAUUGAUUAUUUAUUUGAGAUAUUUAGGGGAAGACCUAAGUGGAGUUCAUGACUGCUGAGGUUGU